UUAUCAAAUAAGUUUAUUUUGUUGAAAUUCACUUGAAAAUCUGCCAUAAACAAUAAUCUCAUUUUUGUAAAAAAAAAUCUGUUUUAACUUUAUCGAGAAGAAACUGUCAUUGCAAUCACUACGCUUUAAACUAAUCGUGCAAUUAUUUAAAAGUAUUAUUUAUAUGACAAAUAAAAAUGUAGAAUAUUGUGAAUAUUGCUAGAGAAUUUCGCGAUUGUCGAUUGCACAAACUGCAAUCGACAAAUUGAAGCUCGCAUUUUAUCCGAUGUUGAUAAACCGGCGGAACGCGAAGAGGUACAAGUUAGGGAGGAUACAUUUUAAAUUUAUUCGAGACGUGCAAACGAAGAGGGAGAGAGAGAAAGAAACAAAGUUUAUUUUAGUCGACGGCAUUUAUUUGCAAAUUGCGAUCAUGUUCACGUUAGAGGUCUCUACGACCGAGAGAUAAAAACCAUCAAAGUUAUACGAGUGAUUUACAAUUGGGUUAAUGAUGAUGGGUCGAAAUGUACCAGUGCUCCUCCGCACGAGAAGUCUCAUCGGUUCGUCUUAUUCAGCCAACAAUUUACAUUCAUCUUAUCGCCAAUGUUUACACUGUAACCCGCUACGAAUUCCAGUGAAACUAGCCUAUGCCUCGUACGAAUCAAUCAAGGAAAAUGAACAGAAUUCACAGCCCCCCAUUAUAAUAAUGCACGGUCUAUUUGGCUCAAAAAAUAACUGGAAUACAUUGUCAAAGGCGAUUCAUGAAAAGACCAAGCGUAAGGUCAUAGCGGUCGAUGCCAGGAAUCAUGGGGAUUCUCCACAUACAUCAGACAUGUCUUACAAGGACAUGGCAGAGGAUAUUAUUCAUCUUAUGCAUGAUUUAGGCUUGGAGAAAGCUCUUCUGGUUGGCCACAGUAUGGGCGGUUCAGCCAUGAUGUACACUGCCUUGAAUUAUCCACACAAUGUGGAGAAACUAGUAGUUGUUGACAUGUCUCCUGUGAGCGCAAGUCCUAAUCUUCUGCAGAUGACUACGAUCUUCGAAGCAAUGCGUUCCGUAAACGUGGACGGAAGUCCUAAUCUAUCCAAGGCACGCCAAAUGGUGAACAAGCAGUUCGCCAGAUUUAUCAAACCCCUCGCGUUACGACAAUUCUUAGCGGCGAACCUGGUGGAGGUAGAUUCGGGAAAGUACAAGUGGCGAGUUAAUUUACCGGUGCUGGAGCAGGCGUUCUCGACACAGAUCGCUGUGUUUCCUAACGUUGGCAGAAAAAUCUACCUGGGUCCUACGUUGUUCAUAGGCGGCGGUAACAGCGACUAUAUCCGAUUAAAAGAUCACAACGCGAUCAGAACGCUGUUCCAUCGGGCGGAAUUCCAUUAUAUAAACGGGGCGAAUCAUUGGGUACACGCGGACAAUCCCGUCGAAUUCCUCAAUAUUCUGACAAAUUUUAUAAACCGUCCUCUGCCCUCGUGAUGCUCGUGAAAAAAAUAUACUCGUAAAGAACAAUCGUUAAGCGUCUGUUGUAAAUAUAUAUGUACAUGUAUUUCGGGUGAGAACUUGACAGUAAUUACAGAGCAAGGUGAAAAAUAUCCAAACAACGCGUGAUCGUGUUAUCCGGUAGAAAGAAAGCGCGACUUGUCGCGGUGCGAAAAGCGCCACUGCGAGUCUCGAAGAACACAGGUCUUAUUUUCUCUCAGCGGUUUGUUCUCCGUAUCGCCAUGGAAACUCUGUAUAGGCUAUACUUGAAAGAUUUUAGAGAGAGCAGAGUAGAGCUUACAGAACUGCAAUGUAGUUCCACUGGAAGGCCAUGUGUCGGUGCGCUGCGUGUUCUCGAAUGACAGUACUCGUCCGUGGACGAGCGUAUCACACAAGAAUGAACGCUAAUAAAAUAUCUUAUAAAGUUAA